CUGCACCUGCUGGGCUCCCUCCCGCACGUCUCCCUCCGCGACCUCGCCGCCCAGCACGGCCGCGACGGCCUCAUGCUCCUCCGCCUCGGCGCCGUCCCCACGCUCGUCGUCUCCUCGCCGGCCGCCGCGCAGGCCGUCCUGCGCACGCACGACCACGUCUUCGCGUCCCGGCCGCACUCCCCCGUCACCGACAUCCUCUUCUACGGCUCCACCGACGUCGCCUUCUGCCCCUACGGCCACCACUGGCGCCAGGUCAAGAAGAUCGCCACCACGCACCUCCUCACCGCCAGGAAGGUCCGCUCCUACCGCCACGCGCGGGAGCACGAGGUCAGGCUGGUCGUCGCCAAGCUCCGCGACGCGGUCGGCGCCGGCGCCCCCGUCGACCUCAGCGACAUGCUCAGCGCCUUCGCCAACGACGUCGUCUGCCACGCGGUGUCCGGCAAGUCCUUCCGGAAGCAGGGCCACAACAAGCUCUUCCGGGAGCUGGUGGAGGCCAACUCCUCGCUCAUCGGCGGCUUCAACCUCGAGGACCACUUCCCGGCGCUGGUGAAGAUGGACCUCAUCAAGAGGAUGGUGUGCGCCAAGGCCCGGAGAGUGCACAAGAUGUGGGACGACCUGCUUGAUAGCCUCAUCGACCACCACGCCAGCAAACCGGCGUCAGAACGCGGCGGCGAGGACUGCGACUUCAUCGACGUCUUGCUUUCCGUUCAGCAAGAGUACAACCUCACGAAAGACCAUAUCAAGGCUCAGUUGACGAUCAUGCUUGAAGCUGGCACGGACACAUCAUUCAUAGUGCUGGAGUACGCCAUGGUUCGGCUCAUGCAAAACCCCCACCUCAUGGCCAAGCUACAAGCCGAGGUGAGGAACAUCAUACCCAAGGAAAAAGACAUGGUCACCGAAGACGACCUCAACGGUUUGGCCUACCUGAAAGCGGUGAUCAAGGAGACGCUCCGGCUCCACACGCCCGCUCCGCUCCUCGUGCCCCACCUCUCCAUGGCCGACUGCGACAUCAACGGCUACACCAUACCAUCAGGGACGCGCGUCAUCGUCAACAGCUGGGCUCUCGCGAGGGAUCCAAGCGGCUGGGAGAGCGCGGAGGAGUUCAUGCCUGAGCGGUUCCUGGAAGGCGGCAGCGCCGCGGCCGUGGACUACAGGGGGAACGACUUCCUCUACCUCCCGUUUGGGGCCGGGCGAAGGAUAUGCCCUGGCAUAAACUUCGCCAUUGUGACCGUCGAGAUCAUGCUGGCGAAUCUCAUGUACCAAUUCGACUGGAAGCUGCCACCUCGAUCGGCGCAGGAAGGUGGCAUUAGUAUGGCCGAAUCAUUUGGGAUCACUGUGCACCGCAAGGAGAAGCUCCUCCUCGUCCCUCUGCUGCCGCAAGCUUAACUUCGUGGUUCAUGUAAAGGUCUUGUGCGUUUUGUGCCCACAAGAUUAACUGAGGACUAUAUUACCUAUUGGAAUAAUAUCGUGCUUUUGGACUUCUAGUUAAGCACAUGUGUAUUAUUAUUGAAUAAAGAUGAAGCAGCCUGCCCUCUC